AAAACACUAUUGUACGCUCCGCGCGUACUUGGCGCGAGAUAACACUACACGUUAUCUUUUUUUAGGAUGGACUAGGAGGGACAAGUUUCUUAUUACGGAUAACAGAGGCGAGCAGGUGUUUUACAUAGAGCAGGAAUUGCGAACCUGCUGGAGAUUCUGCCUGGGACAGUAUAAUUCAUUAUACGAAUACAGCGCUUACGACAGAAAUCAACAAGAGAUUCUUCAUAUGGUUCGACCCUUCGCCAAAUGCUGCCAAUUGCCGGCUUUAGAAGUGCAUUUCGGAGGUACUCUAUUGGGUAGCGUUACUCAAGAGUGGAGUUUUCUGCGAGCAAAGUUUUAUAUUCGCGAUGCAUUCGGCCAGCCCGUAUUAAUGAUAAAAGGACCAUCUGCUGUUUUAUGUAGUGACUCAAUUUUUGAGGUCAAAUCUGUGGAUGAGCAGCACAUCGUCGGUAUGAUUCGAAGGCAUUGGAGAGGCUUUUCUGAAGAGAUGUUCAACUUUACGGAUAAAUUCGGCAUUAACUUUCCGCGCGAUCUCGACGUGAAAAUAAAAGCCGUACUGCUAGGAGCGACUAUUCUAAUAGACUGCUUGUAUUUUGGAAGAAAUCAAAAUAGAUAAGUCAAUCUGUUGCAAUAAAAAAAAAAAGCGAUUCGUCUAUGUUAGCUUUAUAUGUCCAUCAAAAAUAUUUUGUUACGUAUUAAAUACUUCGAAAGAUUUUUAACUAUGGAAUGCAACGUAAAUGAAGGCGAGCGCUGAGUACACAUACUUACUCAGGGUGAUAUCUUCCCAGUCGACAUAAUUUGUUACUGCCUAUAUAACUUGGGAGUAAUCCUUUUUAUAACAGAUAUAUCGUAAUACUUAUAUUAUGCAGUUACUUAUAUAUCUAUUGGUCCCUGUUAUGUAAAAUAAAUGUACAAGUGUUACAUAUUAUACAUUUAUACAACAAGUAUGUGAUGUUUUAAUAUAUAAUCAUCAAUAUGCAGUGUGUUAUUAUGACAACAUGACUUAAAUAUAUUAUACUAUGCAGCAA